UCCGUUAGGAGUAGCGCGCGCGCGCCCUGGGGGGUGGAACGUUGCCCUGGCCGCGCUCAGUUCGGUGCUGCUGCGCAGAGUGGCGGCGCGGGAAGGGACGGUCGCUCCUGCUGCUGGUUAGCGGGGACCAAGGCUCCCAGCUUCUAAUGCCUCUGCGCCAGGCCACCAUGCACAGGAGACAUCUCCAGGAAAUCCCAGCUUCAGACAGCAAUGUUUCCACAAGCUUCACAUGGUCCUGGGACCCCACCAAGACAUCAGAGCUACUCUCCGGCAUGGGAGUGUCUGUCCUUAAGAAAGAGAAGCUGGGCAGUGAGAACACACCUCAGGAGCUGCUAGUGUCUCUUUAUCCUCCUCAGAAACGACAGAAAGUGAAAGAGAAGGACAAGGACUUUGUGAUUGCACGCAGGCCUAGGCUGCUCCGAGAGACGGAGUCAGGUAUUUCUUGGGAUGCGCUGCCAGAUGAAUUGCUGUUGGGGAUCUUUGCAUACUUACCCCUAACUGACCUGCUAAAAGUUUCCCAGAUUUGCAAGAGGUGGCAACGCCUAGCGUUUGAUGAAUCGCUGUGGCAGACCCUUGAUCUGACUGGUAAAAAUCUGCUUCCAGGAGUGAUUGGGCAGUUGCUCCCUGUAGGUGUAACUGUGUUCCGUUGUCCAAGAUCCUGUAUUGGGAAACCAUUGUUUAAAAACAACCGACCUCUUAGAGUGCAACGUAUGGACAUGUCCAACUGCACAAUAAAUGUUGCAGAUCUCCAUACUAUUCUUUGUCGUUGUGAACAACUACAGAACCUCAGUUUGGAAGGACUGGUGCUUUCUGAUGAUAUCAUUAGAAGCAUCGCUCAGAAUUCCAGUUUGGUGCGAUUAAAUCUCUCUGGAUGUUCUGAAUUUUCUGCAGAAGCAUUGGAGAUGAUGCUGAUCAGCUGUUCUGGAUUAGAAGAGCUGAACCUGUCCUGGUGUGACUUCACAACUGAUCACAUUAAAGCAGCAGUCAACCACAUUUCUACAAAUGUAACCCAACUAAAUUUUAGCGGAUACAGACAAAAUCUACAGAUAUCAGACAUUAAGACAUUGGUGACAAGAUGCCCUUAUCUCGUCGAGUUAGAUUUAAGUGACAGUGCAAUGUUGAAGCCUGAAUGUUUUCAAUAUUUUCAUCAGCUCAUCUGCCUACAGCAUUUGUCUCUUAGUAGAUGUUAUCAGAUCUCUCCUGCUGACUUACUUGAGCUUGGUGAAAUUCCCACAUUAAAGACUCUUCAAGCUUUUGGAAUAGUGACUGACAAUUCCCUACAGCUCCUAAAAGAAACGCUUCCCCACAUAAAGAUCAAUUGUUCACAUUUUACAACCAUUGCACGGCCAGCCGUUGGCAGCAAAAACAACAAGGAGAUCUGGGGCAUCAAAUGCAGACUGACACUGAGAAAUCCUAGUGGUUUGUGAUGCAGCGUUUGCUGGAUAUUCCCUUUUGUUGUCACCAAGCGUGGUGUGCUUCAUCAAGAAACCCAAACACUGGAGCAUCACUCUAGUUCUUCUUGUAAAAAGUGUUUUAACUUGGUCUUGUGCUAUAAUUUUCUUAAGUAUAUUUUUAUAUUGUCCUCCUCUUACUGUGUCCAGAAAUCCAAUCAGGUAUGAGUAAUUGUAGGCAUUUUAAAAGUCAAUCUUGCUUUUAGAAAUAUUUUUGUAAAAGCCAAGUGACUAUUGCAAUUGUGCUAAACAUGAUUAAGUUAGAAAGUUUGGUAACAAAUAGUGCAGCUGUUCCAGUUAUUUGGCAAUGUGCUUAAUUCUGCAGUCUGAUGUUGCUUUAUUGGAACUGUGAUGGUCCAAAGGUGCUUCUGUAAUAUUUUUCCAAAUACAUAGCUUUGAAUAAGGCCCUUGCAAAGUAGAGAGAUGUUCUGUCAUUAGGGAACUGUUUUACUUCAUUACAACUCAGUACUUUCCUGACUGUUUCAGAUUUUAGAGCUCAGAAUGAGUAAGGGCAUUAAGUCUAUUUAGACUCCUAACUGAACAGGAUGGAAUAUUUGGUGCUAUCUGCUUUUUUCAGGGGAGAGGGGGAAGGAGGGAGGAAUAAACCAUGGCAUUGGACACUAAAUUCACUGAACCCUCUUGAUGCACUAGCAGCUGUGGGAAGGGAGAGCUAUGCAAAAGGAGCUAUGAGAAAGCUGAAUCAGAUACUAGCUAUAAGGCAGCAGAACAGAGCUACAGUGCAUUUUUUCCAACCAUUACAGAAGUGUGACCCUCACUGUUUCAAAAUGACCGUGCUGAAGAGUGUAAAACUUGAAACCCCUUUGCAAGUUUGUGAAACCAAGGAUCUCACCUGUCAGGGUGAAGUUUUCAUUGGGUAUUUUAGUCUGACUUACAUUCCAGUUCUGUGCCACUUAAUCAGCAUUUAACUUCUUCUGAUUUGUGAUUUUCCAGUAGUUUCUAAAGAUGCAUUAUUAAUGUAAGAAUCUCUUCAGAAGGAAGCUUAGUAGGUUUCUGUUUAUAUAGCCCUGUAUUCACAUCCCUUAAGUGAGACUCUGCUGUGCUAAGGAACAGUAAAGAGGGAAAUACACAGAGCUCUUCAGGGCAAGUAAAGUAAGGGGUCAGUAGGAUCUAAUGGACAUCAAGCGUUCCACAGUACAGAAACAGCAGUCUUGCAAAUAUGCUUGCUAUAGCUGAGGGAGAUAUGUCACCACAGAGUCCCUCAUUUUCUACAAUGCAGAAAAUGUAGCAAACUAAGUUUCUAGGCUCUGUUGUCCCAGUUCCUGUAUUUUAAAGAAACCCACCAAAAACUUAGCAACUUUGAUGGUAGUUCAGGAGAGAAAAAUACAAAGGUAUAGAAAUGAACAACUAGAUAACUAUUCAAGCCUAUAAGAGGGGAAAGGAUAGAUAUAUAGUUAAGGCAUGGGAGUAAGCCUUAGAGCUGGUUCUUUAUGCCUAUAGUCACCAUCUGUAAAAUGGAUAUAGUACAUCCCUGUUUGAGGUGCUGAGAAUAAGUUUAUUCAUGACUGAGGUGGCUAGACAGGUGCCAAGGCCAUAAGGUUACCUACAGAAAAAAUGUACAGUAGAACCUGAGUUACAAACUGACUGGUCAACUACACACACCUUUUGGAACCGCAAGUAUGCAAUCAGGCAGCAGCAGAGAUGGGGGUGGGGGGAGUACAGUGCUGUGUUAAACUAGUAAAAUAAAAAGGGAACGUUUUUAAAGAUUUGAGGUAAAGAAACUUGUGCUCUUCA